AUGACGACUGUAUUGAAAAUCCACCUUGGGGGUUAUCACAUUCUGAUAAUUACGAAGCUGUUAUGUAUCCCUGGUUCAAAGAAGGUUUUUUCUGGGGGAGAGGAUGAUAUACAAGCCAUUCACUAUUUAUACGGGGGCUCCGAUAGAAACUACACCAGUUGUAACUACACCAUCUGUACCAAGCCCAACAACAACAACGGCCACACCUACCCGCAAAAACCCCAGAGAGAAUUUUUUGUAGAUGCGCCUUAUAGAAGUGCUAUCAAUAAGGCCAUUUUGAAACUUCAUGAAAGUGGAAGGUUGAACGAUUUGAAAAAUAAGUGGUGGAAGGAAAACAGAAACGAACCCUCAUGUGAGAACUUCGAUACCGAGGAAGAAUCGAAUAGUGGGCAACUGACUUUGGCUGAUACUUGCGAUGUGUUUUACCUAUUGGGUGUUGGGAUAGUGAUAGCGAUUAUACUAGCCACAAUUGAGUUCUUAUGGAAUGUCAGAAAUGUAUCUGCUGAGGAACAUAUAACGUAUGGGGAAGCCUUGAAAAUGGAAUUGAAGUUCGCUUGCAAGGUCUGGAUAACGAAGAAGAGAACAAAGCAGGAAUCCCUAAGUGCUCCACUCUCGGCAGUGCAAGAGAAACAAUAAUAGAAUUAUCCCUGUUUGCUUAUUAUAGUCGAUAAUACUGUAAUAACACUGUUUAAUAAUUUUCAUUAAAAAUAACAAGGAAAAAUAA